AUGUCCAGAUUUAUCAUCGACAAGGAUGGCUGCGCAGUCUCAGUCCCAACAGCAACCGUUACGCGCCCACGCCGCGCCCCAGAAGCUUCCCUUAAAAUCAAUGUGCGCUCCGGAGCAGCCUACUUGGCCUCAUGUGCCCAGGAAUCUGCCGUCCUCCCUCUCUCGCGUUACACAGCUGCUGCAGGCGCCUUUCACAGCUACCAACACGAAACGGCCCAUGAAAUUAUCGACGGCCUGCGGCCUGAGUCUGUCGACCCAGGAUCACCUACAGCACCCUCAUCGCCUGUGCUUGCGCCAACCAACCAACGGCCCAUGUACUUAUCAAGCCGUCUUGCCAGCACGGAAAAGAUUCCUCGCACAAUGCAUGCCAAGUAUGCAGCAUUUAGUUUUUCCAAAACCCGAGCGUGGCUAGACUUUUAUGCAAUUGUCAAUCAGCACCUCCACAUUGCGUGUGAGGACUCGAGUUGCACUAUGCAGGAGGCUGAGCGCCGGGUUACCGAAGCGUACCAAGCACAGGAAGAAGAAACUGUUGAUCAUGACCCUGCGGACGUGGGCCAGCUCAUGUAUACGCUCACUCGUCGCGCACAGCUUUUCCUUAAUAUGGCUGGCACGGCCGUGUCGUUGGAGGUUUUGCGUGCAUACCUGGGUGCGCCCGACAUUGUAUUUAGCGCGCUACGUGACGAACAGGGUGGUUUGGAGCGCGUACCUGUAUUGGCUGGAGUGUACACAAAUGACUUGGACUUUGCACCGAUUGCUGAUGAUUUUUUCUUCCACGAUACGUUGGCAUCAGUGCGUGACAAUGAUGCAUGUGCGUGCAAGGGCGUUGCAGCUGUAGAGGAAAAGAAGAAGAAGACAGCCAUUGAUAUUGUGUUUCGGACAUUUGAGUAUAUGGCACUCAAUAAUGUCAAGUAUACAUUUAUUUCCACGGCCUCGCAUACGCGCUUUUUGAUGCGUCCAAGCACACUGAGCCGCGCGCUCUACGUGUCGCCCGCUGUGUCGCACUUUCAGGGAAAACCUGCAGGCAUUUUUGGCUGCCUUGUAGCCAUGUGUCUGCAGGCUGCAACGGGGUACCCGCGCCAUUGGUUGGCAGCGGUGCAUCUUAAGGCACCCCUGGGUGUGUUUGAGCGUCUACAUGUAGCAACAGCGACUGCGCGCGAUGAAGAGGACGAGGACUCGAUUCUCGACAAGCUGGAGCUGCCGGCAACACCGGAGGAUGACUCUGAGAGCAAUUAUUCUGACUAUGAAGAAGAUGAAGAUGAUGGCGAUGAGUUGUACAUGGAUGCGCUAACCAGCGUCACUGUCAAAGAAGUUGACGAUGAUCUUUUCCCCGAGACACUAACGUACCCGCUCGAUGUGUGUCCGAUUGCCACGCCAGCCGUACACAGCUUGAAUACGUGCCAUGUCACGUAUCCUGGCAAGGUGCAAUGGUGGAAGGUUUCCAAGGCUCGCAAGAAUAUCCAUACAAUUCGGUUUUUACGCAACCCGGUGGCAAGCGGCAUUUGCGGCGCAAGCCUGGCUGAGGUGGAGGUGACUGAAUGUGAAGUGCCGCCCGAGGCAGAGCAAGAAUUUCGCCGCUUGGAGCGAAAUGAGACGUGCAAGCGUCUCGAUGCAGGACUCACGGCUGGGCUUCAGGCAAUUCCAGGAAUUGGCAGCGGGUCUGGUGGUAUGGUUGGGUGUCAAGGAGGCAGCAUUUACCGCGGUGUUGGUAAUAACCCUUCAGUGUCUAGUUUUUUUAAGCGCCCGUCGAUUGUGCGCACUUCAAACUCUGCUGGAAGCGGAUCAGACCCGGAGUCGUCAACCAUGAUGAAGGCGAACCGUCUGGACUGCUUGAAGCGGCGUAGGCGCAGCAUGGUUGCAACACUCAAGACUUUGGAUACAAGCUUCCCCGGGCACGUUGAGGCGCUGGAGUUGUUAGAAAAUGAGGCGCGGAUUUACGAGUAUUUUGCGGCACAUGCUACGGAAGCUCGCGGCGCAGUGCCGCUCAAUUACAUGUUUGGCAGUGUGCUUGGGUUUAUGUUUGUGCUUGCAGUCGAGCAUUGCGGCCGACCAAUGCGCGCACUGGACUUUGUUGUUGAAGAACGUGUGCGUGUGGCUGAUGGCUCUCUGGGGGUACGUAUGAGGAUGAAUGAAGAUGUGGUUAAACAGAUGCAUGAAGUGCUUGAUGUUGCACACUCUUUGCGUCUUUUACAUGGGGAUGUUGCUAAUCUUGAGACAUUUGUUGUUGAAGAGAUUGAGGAGUCGGUACCCAAUUUGGAGUAUUAUUUUUACAAGAAGGAUGGAUGUGAUGAGUCUAAGAAUGGUGAUGUUUUCCCACCAAAUGCACCACCACCUUCACCAUUGCAAAAAUCAAUUCGUCUGCGCGUUCGAUUGGCUAACUUUUCGCGUACAAGACUAUAUGUACGACUAUACAAGGCGGCAAUGCAAGAAGAGCACGAGGUGCUGGAUGCAUUUUGCAAGGAGACGUACGAGCGGAGCAUUCGAAGACGCGAGGCAACCAAGGCCAAGGCUGAAGAGUGUGAAAAGACAGAGGAGGUUGAGGGUAAGAGUAAGAAGGAGGAGAAGGGUAAGACUGAAGAAGGCGAUGAGUCUGGAAAGGUGAGCCAGUCUGAUUGUUCUACGGCUGAAGAAUCAACUAGUAUGAUUGUUAAGAAGUUGAUUAAAAUUUACAACAAGUAA